ACAUGAAAAUGUUAUACGAGUAGUCCUCUCCCUCUGAUUCUUUCUUUCAAGUACGAUAUACAGUUUUACUAGAUCACGGAGUGAGAGCAAGAGUGGGAGAGAGUCAUUGGCGCGUGCUGCAGGCAAACACUUCGAAUUACAAGUUCUUCUCUGACAGUUUGAACGUCUUCCGAAGCCUUUUUUUUUUCUUUUUUGGCCAUUUUCCGUUUUAUAUACUGAUUGCUUAGACCUUCUCUUUAAUCUUCUCCAGGUUCCAUCACUUGCUUAGCAGUGAGAACAAGUGUAGACAUUUUGCGUGAGUCACAAUGUACAGGCAGUCCCCUAGUAGGACCCACAGAUCUAAGGGAAUCAAGAUUAAGCAUGUUCUGCAAAUUUGUUUAUUGCUUGCUGUUUGCUUUUGGUUGAUAUACCAAGUCAAGCAUUCCCAUGAUAAGAAGAAAGAAUUUGAUGAAAGUGAUUCGAUAGCCUCACUAAGUAGAGGAAGUAGCAAUAAAAUUUUAACUCUUGGAAGGAAAGACAUCAGACCCCGAGUGGAAGAAACAGUUAAGAAUGAGAAACAUGAUGAAGCAGCAAUAGAACAGGAAUCAAUUGAAGAAGUAGAAGACGAUAAGCGUGAAGAACACGAGCAAGAAAUCAAGAAAGCUGAACAAAGAGAAGAUGAAGGGAUGGAAGGUGAAGAUGACGAGAUAAAUGAGCAUGAACAUGAGAAAUCUGAUGCAGAAAUUGAUCGAGAAGAGGAAUUUAUAGAAGAGAAGGAAGGAGAUGAGGGUGAUGAGAACAGUACGGAAGAAAAAGAUACUGAAGAGACUAAUGGUGAAACUGAGAAGGAAGGUUCUAUAGAGGACAACAAUCAUGAUGGAGAUGAACAUAGUGCACAUGAAGCACGCGAGGAACAUUACAAGGCUGACGAUGCUUCUAGUGCUGUGGCACAUGACAAUCAAAUCAUUGAUCCUGAAAACGAGAAAGGAAGCUUAGAAAACACAAAGGAGCAAUGGGAAAAUAAAGAGAACGGUGAGGAAAUCAAUUUAGAUGACAAAAGAACAGAUUUAGAGGUGAGGGAUCGCAAUAUGACUAAAAGUGAUGACCAUUCGAAUGUAAUAACCAAUAUAGAAUGGAAAAAUAAAGAGAAAGGUGAGGAAGUCAAUUUAGGUGUCAAUAGAACAAAUUUAGAGGUGAAGGAUGGCAGUAUGUCUAAAAGUGACAAUCAGUCGAAUGUAACAACCAAUGAAGCAGAGGAGAAGCUGAAGGAAAAGUCUGAGAACAGCUCACUUUCAAAUGCUACAUUGACAGUAGUGUCCAAUGACCAUAUAGAAACAAGCAACAACUCGUUAGAGAUGAGAAUGGAGAGUCGUGAUCCAUCCUUGCAGAAUGGAACUGAGAGCAAGUUGGUGUUAAAUCACGGUGAGAACGGGACUAUUGGGGGUACAACAUCAGGAGUGGCCAAUAAUUCCACUUCAGAUAUGGUUAGUAAUCAUGUUGAUUCUAAUUCAACGAUUCCUCCGAAAAAUAAAGACUUGGAAUCAAGCUCGUGGGAGUUCUCUGACUCAUCUAAUGAUUCAGAGUCAUCUGUAGCCGAGAAUAUCAGAUCGGAGUUAUCUGUAGAAGCAGGAAAUAACACUGAAUCUUUAACAGUAAAGAAUGAUGCUACUGAGGCUGAGAAAUCAGAUAACGAUGGUGGAACAGAUGAAUUCUUGGACAAGACAUCCGAGGAAGUGCAACAUGACCCCAUCGAUUCAUCUGAUUCGUCUGAUUCGUCUAAUUCCUUGGACAAGAAAGAUGUCCUAACAAAUCAUGAAACCCUCCCAGAGAUACAAUCUGCAGGAACUAGCAUAGAAGAUGCUGCAGCAGAAUGAAGGUGUAGAUUGGAUUAGUCUUUCAAUGCUGGCGUUUUCCCUCUAUUUUUGUUUUGCAAACUUGGUGUUCAUUUGUGUGAAGUACGGAUCACUGUCCAGAAAAUGCAAUUUCAACUUGCUGGUAAACCGUAGUCAAGGAUGAUGUUCUUUUAAGGUUUUGAUCUGUAUAAUCAAUAUUUUGUUUCUUUUAAUGUCGGAGUUUUGUUUGUUCUCUUUA